AUGCCUUUCUCAUCUUCACUGACCUUCGCGAGAGUGGUGCCCCACCUUCGUCUUCGUCUCCCAUACAAAGCUGGCGCAUAUGGAACUGCCAGAUGGAGCAACAAAGAUCUCGACCCAGUCCCGGUGGAAUUGAGGACAUGGGGAGGUCUCGACUACUGGGCAUACUGGUGCUCCAACAUGCUUGCACCACCGCUCGCCGCAACAGUUAGCACUGUAAUGUCACUAGGAUUCACUGCGAGAGAAACCAUUCCUAUCGUGUUCUUCGGCUUCAUGAUCUGUUCUGUUGUAGUCACAUUGACGGGCAAAAUGGGUGCAACAUAUCACGUAGCGUAUCCAGUGAUUGUGAGGUCCACGUUUGGGAUGAUUGGGAGUUAUCCUGCUAUCGUGAUCAGAGCUUUUGUGGCUAUGAUGUGGACUGCCAUUCUCUGUGUACAAGCUGGCGCCUUCUUACAGAACUGCAUAGAAGUUAUUUGGCCUUCCUUCAAGAAAUUUCCCAAUCACCUCUCCGAAGGUGCUGGUAUUGAUUGUAGGUCAUUUUCUGCUGGGUUGCUCUUCUUCUUUCUGUAUUGGAUACUCCAGACGAUCCUCUCCUUAAUGCCUAUCCAGAAGCUCCGCCUCCUAUUUCUGGCAAAAGCAAUCAUCGUUCCACCAACCUUCCUCGCUCUCUUUCUAUGGGCUGUAAUAGUAACACAUGGGGGUGGCCCCCUUGUAACGGGAAAAUACGUCCUCACAACUCCAAUGAAUACGGCCUAUUCCUCCCUGACUGGUGAUCGGCCUUAUCUCUUCUAUGGCAGUAAACAUGCCCGAUUUCGGUAG